GAAGGCUGAGGGGAGCUGGUGAGCUGUGCACUCUUCCCAUUAUUUUACAGAAGUCAAGAUUGGAAAAAAUAUGGAAAAUAAAUUUUGUGCUGUGGAUUACAAUGUGCUGAAUGAGCUUCGCUUAGAAGGGAGUUUCCUUGAUGUGGUGUUUUGUGUGAAUGGAGUGGAGAUCCCUGCUCACAAGAAUGUGCUUUGUUGUUGUAGCCCCUACUUCAGGACUUUGUUCUCUAAACGAUGGAACAAUAAGGAAAAGAGGUUCUACAACAUUCCAGGUGUUUCUCCAGACAUGAUGGAGAUGAUCAUCACCUUUGCCUACACGCAAACUGUCCCAAUUACAUCAGACAAUGUAAAGCAGCUGCUUGUGGUAGCUGACCAGUUUAACAUACUGGGCCUUAUUAACCUCUGUCGUGAGUUCAUCGAGUCUCAGCUCUCCCCUGAGAACUGCAUUGGCAUUUGUAGGUUUGCAUUUCACUACUGCUGCCCCAAUCUGUGCUUCAAGGCCUUCAGGUUCAUCUUGAACGAAUUUGAGGAACUCGUCAAGGUGUCCGAUGAGUUCUUGCAGUUGAGCUUCUUUGAACUGUGUGACAUCCUUGAGAGGGACGAACUGAAUGUUAAAAAUGAGAGCCAGGUAUUCCAUGCUGUCAUGAAGUGGAUUUCUUACCAGCCAGGACCUCGCAUGGGAUUUGUCUCAGAGCUUCUUCCAAAGGUGCGCCUAGAAAUGAAGGACUGUGGAAUUUUCAUGCAAGACGUGAAGAAAAAUGAGUACAUAAAUUACAAUGAAAAAUAUAAAUACUUCAUUCUCAGAUCCUUGUUGAAAAUUAUCUAUGAUAUCAGCAUUAACGAUUCAGGAAUGGCACAGUCGGAUAGCUCUGUCACAUCUUCCCGUCUGCCUUUCAGUAUCCUGCUGUCUAUUGGAGGAUGGAGGGGCGGCCACCCUACAAAUAGCAUUGAGGCUUAUGAUGCCCGUGCUAAAAUCUGGACAGAUGUGACAUGUGAGGAGGAGACGCCUAAAGCUUACCUUGGAACCGCAUACCUCAGAGGAUAUGUUUAUUUUAUUGGUGGAUUUGAUAGUGUGGAGUACUACAACAUGGUCUGUCGUUUUGACCCCGUGAACAGGGUGUGGCAAGAAGUGGCUCCUAUGCAUUGUCGCCGUGGUUACAUUAGCGUGGUUGUUCUUAAUAAUCUCAUCUAUGCUAUGGGGGGAUUUGAUGGUCACAAUCGUCUGAAAACAGCUGAAAAAUACAAUGCGGAAACCAACCAAUGGACCUUGCUGUCAUCUAUGAAUGAGCGUCGAAGUGAUGCCAGUGCCACCACACUGUAUGGAAAGAUUUAUAUUUGUGGGGGCUUCAAUGGCCACAACUGCCUCUUUACAGCCGAAGUUUAUGAACCUGCAGUAGACCAGUGGUCAAUGAUUGCUCCAAUGAUGAUUGAGCGGAGUGGAGUAGGAGUGAUUGCUUACAAAGAUGAAGUUUUUGCGGUGGGAGGCUUUGACGGGGAAAAUCGCUUGGACACAGCUGAGGCCUACAACCCGCAGACGGACACCUGGCGCUCCGUGUCCUCCAUGAUUACACCACGUAGCAACUUUGGCAUUGAGACAAUGGAAGAUUUCCUUUAUGUGGUUGGCGGCUAUGAUGGUUUAACUACCUCAUCUAAGGUGGAGAGUUAUAACAAAGAGACUGACGAAUGGAAAGAGCUUCCAGACAUGAAACUGGAUCGUAGUGCACUAAGCUGCUGUGUGCUGUAUGGCCUGCCCAACGUCAGGGAGUAUGUGGCACGUCGGCAAUCCCAAAAUUCAGUCUCCAUGUUAGUGGAGCGCCAAAUCUCUCCGUUUUAUAGCAUUCCCCCUGUAUGAGAGCAAGAUGUACAGCAGAAUGAAAUGGUUAUAGAAAAUGGUGGGGUGGAAAAGGCAGAAGAUGGCAUAGGAUGAUUGGGAUGGCUUCCACUCUU